AAUUUUUGAAUAUAAACUUCGUCCAACACGCCUAUCUUGCCUAACUCGCCAAACCGCGCACUAGAAUCUCGUCACAAUCCACGAUUCUAAUGGGCUGGGGCGUUGGGGUCAAAAACGGACACGACGAAGUUAACAUCCAAAUAUCAGUAAAAUUUAACAUGAACGUUUUUACGAAAAGUAUUCUUCGUAAAGAUUACUUUUACGAAAAGUCUUGCGGUGAAAUAUUGCGUCAAUCUUGGUUCAUUUAUCGAAACUAACGAACACGUUCAUGAAACGACGGAAAAAUAUGCAAACAAGGUCGCCACGUAACGACCGACCCGCGAACAAGCCGGUCGCUACGUAGCGACCGACCAAGCCUCUCGGUCAUCGAUCAACGGGUACGACCCAAAUCCGUGCAUUCUCGUCUGUUCCUCAAUACUAGCUCUAUGUACCGUAGUCAUAUCAUUUCUCACUCCCAUCGAUUGGAGUUAUCAUUUAAACUUUACGAUAAAAAUCGUGGAAAGUUCAUUCUUAUCGAUAAAAAUCGUGAUAAACGUUUUGAAUCGAAAGACUGCCCAAAUAGGUCUAAAACGCGAUUAGAAACCCACUUACUAUUUUUUAAGGAAAAACUCAUAGAUACUAUGGCGGUUUUUAUUUAGUCCACAAGAAAGGAUAAAUGUCAAGAUUCCGCAAAUAAAUGUUAAGUUUCCGCGAAAAAUGGAAUAUCUCCAUUUUCGAGUUUUGACGGCUUAAGGGCAGGAAGGGAAAAGCUCAAACCGACCUUGGAGGGAGUAUAUAAGGAGUCCUAGGCGAGAGGCACAAAUAAAGAACUUUUUCAAAGAAAACUGAGCACUUAGAGCAAUUUUAGGCAAUUUUCUUUUUUUGUUAUUCGAGCUGCGGCUCAAUUAGGUCUUGCAGUCUAGGGAUUUUAGAACUAGGAAUCUCGCCGACAGCUCUCGUAGCCCAGACUCUCGCAGAUUCGGAAUAAGAUCUAUUUUGCUCUCUUUUCGAUUUCUUAUUUUUCUUGUCUUUAUUUUGUGUUCUGAUUGUUUGGCGUGUGGUUUAGCAGAUAUCCGGGACCUCUGAAAAAUUAGUGUUUUCCUAACUUUCCUAAUUUAAAUGGAAAUCGACAGUGCGAAUUUCGGUUCCACGUUGAAGAAGACGGUGCCGUUGAUGAACUAUGUAAAAACCCAUCAGAAUGUUUUCCACCAACUGGUUGAUUUGAUAGGGAUUACAUCCAAUAUGGAGAUUCUAAUUCGGUUGGUUGGUGCGGAUGAUCAUGUUUAUCCCAACCACAUGGAUGUGAUGCAAUGGUUAGCUGAUAGCAAUCUGCUUGAAAUGGUCGUUGAUAAGCUUAGCCCAUCAGUAAGUAUACAAUAGCCCUGUUCUUUUCAUAGCCGCUGCGGCCGGCGGUAGCGACAAAGAAUAACAUUUGGGUGGAGACAAGAUGAUCGAUUUUGAAAGUGAAUUAAACUACCGGAGCUUGCCGCAGCGACUAAAAAUGAAGACGCUGCUAUCGCUGAUAUUUCCAGUGUCUAAUUUUGUUAUUGCGUCUAACCGCGCGGCUGAAAAAGUAUGCUUGUCUUGUGUUAACGGCGCUGCAUUUCCGAUCGCGAAGAUGUACUUUUCAGUUACUGACGCUGGGGAACAGCGUUCGUAAAAAGAACAAGGCUAAUAUUUUGCUACAAAUGAUUGAAAUAUAGCAAGCAUGUGCGUUAUAAGAUAUAUAGAGAGGAUAGUUGGACUCCCGUGCUUGCACAUCUAUUGUCUUCUUUGUUCGGUGAUUGGGUUAUCUACUUCUGAAUCUAUAAAUAUGAAUUUUCUUGAAGUUCAUGCAAAUGCUGCUGAAACACUGUGCACUAUUGCACAAAAUGCACCAUCACCUUUGGCUACGAAGCUCUCCAGUUCAAGUUUUGUUGCAAGGAUAUUCGGCCAUGCUUUCGGAGAUCCCCAGUCCAAAUCUAGCCUUGUCCACACACUCUCGGUGUGCAUUUCAUUGUUAAGCCCAAGAAGAUCUCUACUUUCUUCUUCCUUUAUGUAUUCAUUCAGGGGCCAACAAAUCUUUGAGUCUCCAAUUUCUGUGAAUCCGGAGACUAUUGCCACCAUGCUGCCUAGGCUUGGUGACUUUGUCAAACUUUUAAACGCGACCUCUGAUGAAAAGGUGUUACCUAUAACGUAUGGACAGUUGAGACCUCCUCUUGGCAGUCAUCGCCUGAAGAUCGUGGAGUUCAUCGCUAUCUUGUUGAAAACGCAAAGUGUAGCUACAGGAAAAGAACUAGCGAGCUCAGGAGCUAUUAGAAGAGUCCUUGAUCUAUUCUUCGAGUACCCAUAUAAUAAUGCACUGCACCAUCAGGUGGAGAGUACAAUAGUAUCGUGUUUGGAGAGCAAAAAUGAUGAGAUUGUUGACCAUCUUCUCCACGUGUGUGAUUUGAUUGGAAAAAUUCUUAAAAUAGAGAAACAGCCAAUCCUUUCUGGUGAAAACCAGCCAACGAUACCUGUUGCUGGAAAGCAGGCUCCACGGGUGGGAAAUAUUGGUCAUAUUUCAAGAAUUUCGAACAAGCUUGUUCAGCUGUCGACUAACAAUAACCUAAUAAAGACUUCACUUGAGGAACAUAACGAAUGGGGCGAGUGGGAAGCUAAUACAUUGCAUGACCGAAACGCAGUUGAGAAUGUUUAUCGCUGGGUUUGUGGAAACCCAACUGCAUUACAAGAUAGGAGUAGGGACAGUGACGAUGAUGAAGUUCACGACAGGGAUUAUGACCUUGCUGGUUUAGCUAAUAACUUGAACCAUUUUAGAUACAACAUGCAAGAGAACAAUGGUGCUGGGGAGGAUCAUGGUUCCAAUGACAGAGACGAAGAGGAUGUGUACUUAGAUGACGAAUCUACUGAAGUUGUUAUAUCAUCUCUAAGGCUUGGUGAGGAACAGAACAACAAUUUAUUCACAAACUCGAACUGGUUCACGUUCCAAGGAGAUGAGUUGGGUGACAGCACAGGAACAGGGGCCAUUCGUUCAGAGGAAGCAAUGGAAGAUGUAAGCUUGAAUGAAACUUCCGGUAAUGGAAUUGAAAAUGAUGAAGAAGACUGUUUGAUUACAGAAGGCAAGAACCCUUUUGUAGCCACAGCUUCGACCUCAGACGCAGUUUCUGUAAACACCGUACCCGGAGAUAUCGAGAUCGAUGAAGAUGUGGUUUCAGGUGAAUCGUCACCUGAAAUGGUUGAACGUGGAGAUUCUUCUUCAUCCGCUGCAGAGGUGACAGAUCCUUUUCCUGCAGAUGACAUGAAGAUACCUGAUGUGAGAGUCCCAAACGGAUCGUCAUCCUCGGAAGGCGAGGUAAGCCCAAAAUCACCACCUGUGCCUUCGUUUUUUGGCAAAGACGUUGAGUAUGUGGGAGUAGAGCCAGAAGGAACCGAGAGGGCAAUGGAUCAAGCUCUUCUAAAGGAAGGGAUAGUGGGAGAGGCAGGGCCAAUGAAGAGAAACAGCGCCACAGACUCGCCGGGAAAGGAGAGCACUGAUGAGAAUAUACAGCAGGAGUACAACGACACUAACUACUGGAAAGUCGAUCCGGAGGUGGCCGUGGUUGAAUAAUGUGCCGUGGUUCAGCGUUGUCGGAAUGAUUCCCAAGCAGAAAGGGAAGGAAAGAAAGUCUAAACCAGUUCAAGAGGAGAUUGCCACUGAAGAUGUCUUAGUUAUUCCAGAAGGUCCAUUGACUCGUGCAAGAGCCAAGAUGCUCAAGGAAGAAUGCCUUGGCCAAAUUUCCAAUCAUGAAGCCUUCACCUUAAUGGAGUUUUCUCCAACCAGCUGAUCAAUAAUUUAACAAAGGCCGUUGUGUAUUCUCUUUUUCCCUAAUUUGGUUUUGUCCCACUAAAUUUUCCAAGUUAGGGUUUUAACAAGGCCACAACUGUCCUUACCAUAUGCUAAAUGUUCGUCCAAUUUAGUUAUGUAAGUUCUAUGUUUAAUUCUAAGUAUUUUUAUGUUAUCUUUUCUUUUAAAAAUUUGUCUUAUGUUGUACUUAGAGAGCAUCUCCAAUGUAAAACUCCAUUUUUUCCUCCAAAAUGAAGUAAAAGUAAGUACAAAGUAAAAAUGCUUCAACCCUACUACAUUUUCCACUCCAUAAUGGAGUAAUGAACAAACAAAAAAUAGAUUACUCCAUUUAUGGAGUAAAUUUCAUUAUGGAGUGAGAAAUAAAGUAGGGUUAAAGUACUUUUUACUUUAUACUUACUUUUACUCCAUUUUGGAGAAAAAAAAUGGUGUUGGGUUGGAGAUGCCAUUAGGGGAAGGAGACAUGUAAGUUGUUUUGUUAUUUCCAAAGACUUCUGCAUGUGCAAACUCCUUCUUUAUGUACCUAGUCGGAAUCCCUUUUCAAUCUAUCAUAUUUUCACUCAAAAAAGUUGUUCAUUUCUCUUCUCUAAGUCUUGUCAAGAUUUGGGGUUUGCUGGUGUGUAAUAUCCAGCUUUGGGUUUUUUUGAUUUAGUGUGUAAUAUCUGGAUCAGAAACCUUGAAGUAUCAAGAGAUCAAGCCAUCCCUCUUGUGUCUCAUUUCAUUCCACAAGCCGUGGAAAGUUUUGAGUCUCUGAUUCACUUUUUCAAGGAGUAUCCAUGUUCUAUCAUUCCAAUACCAGUGAUCUAUCCUAGGAGUGUAUUAUGUGGUAUCAGAGCAAAUCUCUGGAAGAAAGUUUCUAAACUCUCUGUUCUCUUUUCAAUUUCGAAAUCUUUUUAUGAACCCUAGAUCUGAAAUUUUUUUCUUUCCAAAAUUGCUCUAAUCUGUUUAGAUAUUUUCUAUUUGAGUUUGUGGUCGAAAUUCUCUAUGUGAUUUUGAGUCUGAUUCGUUUUGGACGUGAUUUGAUUGAGUUUCUCUUUGUUUUUAUCUGUUCUCAGUUGUUGAUCCGUUGAAUCUGCAUUUUUUAUUUGUUCUGAGUUGUUGAUCUGCUAAAUCUGUGUAUACUCCUGCAUCUCAAUUUGAAAACUUUCACGGAUCUGUUUCUUUCUACAAGUUGAUCAUAUAUUUUCUCUAGAACUCUUUACUGGUUGUUGUGUUUUCUGUUUUCAGGUACAUCAUGAGAGGGAAUGAAGAGGAAAGCAACAACAACAAGAACUAUUCAUGAAGCCAUGACUGCCCAGUUUCAACAGAUGAUGAAGACUAGUAUGGAUGAGUAUAGAGAAGAGCUUAGACAACACUUUGCUGAACAUGGAUAUGGAAGGAGGGAAAUAUAUCCUGAAAACUCUAAUCAUGGCCAUCAGGAUGAGGAGAGGCAGAGAAAAAGGAGAGGAAAACAGCCUGCAAAGUCUCUACAUGUCCAUCAGGAAGAGGAUAGACAGAGAAGAAGAAGAGAUGAGCAGCCUCAGAACUCUCACAAUUCACAUCUGGAAGAAGCUGAAAGUUACUAUGGAACUAGAAGUUCAUCAUUUGAGAAUAGUCAAAGGAGACAAACAUUCCAAAGAAGGAAGAGGUUACCCCUGAGCUGAGAUUGCUGGUUUGAAGCUUAAAAUUCCACCAUUUCAUGACAAGGAUCCUAAUGCAUACUUGGAAUGGGAGAAAAAGAUUGAUAUACUAUAGAUUUUCCACUUUUUAUACCAUAGUAUAUGUAUGGAACCCAGUUUAUAGUCUUCACAUGUUUAGGUACGUUCUGGAGCAUUGUGGAGUUUAUGGAACUAAAUGGAGAUUAAAGGAAGCAAGAUCCAUAGCUGAGCAAAUGAAGAGGAAACAGAGUUGACGAACAGAGUAGGUGUCGGUCGACACUCACCCUUGAUGUCGAUCGACACUCACCCUUGAUGUCGAUCGACACUAACGAAAGAAGGCCUUGCUGGAUCAAGAUCAAGAAUUGGGCCCAAAAACCUCCAUAAAUUACAAGAAUAUCCCUGAUGAGUUUUGAUCUAAUAUAUAUAUAUUAUGCCAUAUCUAGGCAAGAAAGAGAGACAUAUUAGAUUAUUAUUCAUAGAAUUUGUAAGGUUGGACAGAAGAUCUUUAACUCAUUCAGAGUAUUGUAUUGGAACUCUGGUUUUUCUAUCUAAUUUAUUACGCAAUUCAUUCAAU